GUUGCUGGGCAAGUACACGGCACGCCUACUGUAAGAGCUGUUUUGCUCUUCAGUCAGACUUCAGAGAUAAGUGAGACAAGAAAUCCUACUAGUACUGAAAGCAGAACUGCGCUAGACUAACCAUUUAAGAGUUUUUGUGAUUUUUUCUGAUCAAACUUUUGAAAAAUCAUGGAUCGAUGGGUGGGGAGAGUAGCAUUGGUGACUGGAGCAAGCUGUGGAAUUGGAGCAGACAUUUGUAGAGAGCUGGUAAAAGCUGGUAUGAUUGUAGUAGGGACAGCAAGAAAUGUGGAAAGAAUUGAGGCUUUAUCAAAAGAACUGAAGGGGAACCCAGGGACUCUAUUUGGAGUUAAAUGUGACCUGACCAAAGAUGCUGAUGUUGAAAACCUUUUCUCUGUCAUCAAAGAAAAAUACAAAGGCGUAGAUAUCUGUAUUAACAAUGCUGGGAUGUCUUAUAACAAUAGCCUCAUAGAUGGAAACACAAAAGAAUGGCGAGAGGUGCUAGAUUUAAAUGUUGUGGCAUUGUGCCUUUGUACAAAAUUGGCAGUGAAAUCUAUGCAAGAAAGAGGUGUUGAUGAUGGCCAUAUCAUCCAUGUAAGCAGCAUAUGUGGACACUAUGUGCUUCCAGUAAAUUGCCUCCAUUUUUACAUAGCAACAAAAUUUGCAGUUACAGCUCUCACAGAAGGACUGAGACAAGAGCUGCGAGACCUCAAGUCCAAGAUCCGAGUUUCUGCUAUUAGCCCCGGAUUGGUGGAGACUGAAUUCGUCACAAGACAGAGGGGUGAAGAAGAAGGAAGGAAAUGGUAUGCUGCUGAACCAUGUCUUAAGGCUGAAGAUGUAGCAGCAUCUGUGUGUCACAUAAUAUCAGCUCCACCUCAUGUGCAGGUUCACGACCUUAUUAUCAGACCCACAUGCUCCUAAGUUACAAGAAUGUACUGUAAUUUGAUUAGUAAAUAUAUGUAAUAUCAUUGAAACAGUUUUCAUGUAACACACGUUAUAUCUUUGCUAUAAGUAACCAUUUGGUAUUUUUUUAGUUAUUUUUUCUGAAUGGGAGAUAAGAAUUUGAAAGGAAGCUUUACUGAGUGUAGCUGAUGGUUGGUUUUUUUUGUGCUCUACUUAAUAACUCUGCCUUAUGUAUUUUGA